CUCCAGAUGCCAGUGCUCGCGUACUACGUUCUACACGCACUACUGCCAAUGUUCUUCCACGCCGGUUCCGUGUAUGACGAAAAGGGUGCCUACGACGAAUGGUGGAGCGUCGAAAACGAGGAGAGCUUUUCGCGGGCCGAGCAUUGCCUCGUUCAGCAGUUCCUCGAUUCGACCAAAUCGGAUGCCUCGCAAGAAGAAGCUAAAGCGAUGGCUGCCCAAGUGAUGACCCAAAAUUUCAUACUGGCGCCGUCGUUCGAGGCCUUCAAGAACAGUCUCGAAGAAUCAAGAUAUAGCAUGUCGAAUUUCAGCCUGCACCACAAUUUUCCAGCUGACAGCAAGCAAGUGUUUUAUGCGGCGCAUAUGAUGGCUCUCUGUGACGAAACUGACACAGCCCAGAAUUCGUUCAUUUAUCGCAUGUUCAACGAAGAGCUCUCCGAUUUCUACAGGCAAAACGUUCCCUUCUACAAUUUUCGGGAAUACGAAGACCAGAUCUCGGACUGCCAGCCAGCCCCGGCAAACGAGUUGUCCAAGCUUCGCCGCUGUCGAAUAUGGAACGAGUACUGAGAUAGAAACGAGUAUACCCAAAGCAACAAUAGCCAACUUUUUAUAACGAAUGUAUCUUUUUAAGGCAAAAA